CGUACGCUAGCCGCUACGGCUGAAAUUCCACUCGCGGGAAUUUAUGCAGGCAAAAUAUUGUUCCCAUCACAAUUACCCAUACGGAUGGUGGGAUUUGGUAGAGCGUUUAGGGCAGAAGCGGGAGCACGAGGUCAAGACGCAAAAGGGCUUUAUCGUGUACAUCAAUUUAGUAAGGUUGAGAUAUUUUGUUUGACCAGACCUGAGGAAAGUGAUGCAAUGUUGAAUGAGAUUGUUAGCAUACAAGAAGAGAUAUUCUGUGAAUUGGAAUUGAUUUUGGACAUGCCUACAUACGAACUUGGAGCUAGUGCAUAUCGGAAAUUCGAUAUCGAAGCUUGGAUGCCUGGACGCGGAAGAUGGGGAGAGAUAUCCUCCGCCUCGAAUUGUACAGACUAUCAAUCGCGCCGCUUAAACAUCCGAUAUAAACCUUCGAUUUCUUUACAAGAACAAGUUGGUAAUAAUGCAAAUAAUAUCGCAGGACAAAAAGCCCAACAAACACUGCACACGGAAUUUGUUCACACACUGAAUGGAACCGCAAUUGCGGUACCAAGAAUGAUUAUCGCAAUACUUGAAAACUUUCAAAGGGAUGACGGGAAGGUGACAAUACCAAAAGUGUUAAGAAAUUGGAUGUGUGGAAUGAAAGAAAUAGGAUGA